UCUCUCUGCAGCGGUUUGGCGCAGCAGCGGUUUUGACUCUCGGCUGUCGCUCAGUCUUCUGUCUCUAACUCGGGUCUGAAAAAGGAAACCUUCCCGACGCAGACACUGAGAGAAAACACUGCCGGGCUCUGAACCAUGCGGAGGUUUUCGGUGUGGCCUCUUUUGGCCCUUUUUUCCCUGUUAGCGCUGGGAGGUCUGGCACAGGAGUUAAGUCUAUUGGAUGCUUUAGGUGGUGAUGACAAAGUGACACCGUCUCCUACUCCAGGUCCCAAGGCAAACGGAAAACCUGGUGGAGAUGUCCCUACCCAAAAGCCUCCUGUCAAGCCCAAUGACCCUGUUAAACCCAAAGAUCCUGUCAAGCCCAAAGACCCAGUUAAGCCUACUACCAAACCCAAGCAAGGUCCACGUGGAUUUGAACUGAUUGAUGCGGUCCCUGACCCUGAAAAAGGCGGAGGUGACAACGGGCCCGGUACUGGAGGUGGAAAAGGUGGAGGCCAGUUUACAAAUGAUGACCUAAUGAAUGAGAUUAAAGAUGGUGGCUACCAGCCGGACAAAGGGACAGGAGGACCAGGAGGUUCAGGUGGUGUUGUGGACCCUGCUGAUGACGGUGAUUAUGACAGCAUGGCAGAGACUGGAACCAUUGCUGGUAUUGUAAGUGCUGUUGCCAUGGCGCUGGUUGGUGCAGUCAGCAGUUAUAUCUCUUACCAGAAGAAGAAGCUAUGCUUCAGCAUACAGCAGAGUCUGAAUGCAGAUAUGGUGAAAGCAGAGAAUCCAGAAGCCGUCGUGGCUCAGGAGCCUCAAGUUCAACAAACUCUCCUGCAGCCCCCCAACGCUGAGCCGCCCACAGAAGACAAUGCGGUGUAACCUGUGAUGCAUCUCCCAGCCUGAAGAGGGAGCAGUACUCAACGCACACUCUCCGUGGGGAAAAACAUCUCCUGUCACAAAGUCAGACUUUCUGUGAAUAUUUAACUGUUUGCCUUCAUCGUCACUAAUACGACUGUUUACAAUAUUGUUCCUCUGAAGUUGGAAAUUUGUGCAGAAGUUUAACGUGUUGCUAAUUGAAAGUACAAACUCUGAGACAAGCUAUUAGUGCUGCUCCAGCUUUUUGUUUCCAUCACACGUUUGUGUGAAAGCAUCACUGUGUAACUCGUGCAUCGUUUAAUUCACGUUUUGUGAUCGGAUUCUCCAUAUAAAUGUUAAAACAAGUACUUCUAUAGAAAUCGCUUUCGAGCAGGGGAGCCUGACUGCGGUCCUGUAUGAUUACAGUCCAGAAGCGUUUGUAAAUUUUCCUGAAUCGCACCUGAUUUAACCCCUCGCGUCAUUAGGCAGGAGUGUUAGAAGAGAGAAAUAAUCCCAUUGUGCAUGACUGACUCCAGGAAUUCAGGCCCACAGCCAGGCUCCCCGGAUUUAUAAAUCAUUGAUGACGGUGACCGUAAAGUAAUUCCCAGUUGCGAAAGAUUUAUCUUUUACCAGCACCCUUCUUAUUUAAAAAAAUAAUAAUAAUGAUUUGUGCCCUGGCUCCCCCCCUCCCCAAGAGCCAUGUGAAUCAAUUGUGUGUGUGUGUGUGUGUGUGUGUAUAUAGGCAGCUUUUUUGUGCACUGGAAUUGAACAGGACUUUUGAGAAGCUUAGAGAAAACUGAAGGUAGCUGCUCACAGUUUAAUUUGCUUUUAAAAAGUGACUGGCAAUUGGAAGUGAGCUUACAUGUAUCAAAAGGUGAUUGUGUUGAAGAAACCUUGAUCAAUCUUUGCUAACUUGCUCCGUUUUGUGAGAGAGAGAGAGAGAGAGAGAGAGAGAGAGAGAGAGAGAGAGCACGUGUUUACUGGUAUAACAGUGGUAGCAUUUUCAGAGGCGAGCUUACUGUAAUAAAGACGCCCAAGUAUACUUGUUUGGAGUAUGUAGAAACUAAAGUCUUACAUGUUAGCACAAACAUGUUAUGUUUUUUUUUCCUUAUUAGGGAAUUUGCCGUGUUGGAAAUUUUUUAAAAGAUAUUGUGCUUGUAAAAUGUGCUUUGCGUGUUAUUCAUGUUUGUACUCGAAUGGUUGUAUCCGUGUAUCUUUAUAUUACACUUGUAGCAGUGUAGCUACAGUACAAUAGAUUUUGUUAGCCGUUACAUUUAUAGUCAUUAAGUGUUUGGGCUUAGAUUUUUGUCUUUUGAUCCCUUUUUACAGUUUUGCUGUGUCGGCUGUGUUCCAGUCGUUCUCCGUUUAGUAACUUUCCUCCCUUCAUUCAGACAUUGCGUUUUGAAAAGGUCUUAUUAGCCGUGCUGUGUGAACAAUUACUUUCCUCAGCUUUGGAGUUCGCUGUAGGGCCUGGAGGCUUUUGGAGAUUGAAGAGGAGGAAAUAAGUUUCGGAACACAGCCCUGCUUUCCUUUCCGAGGUUCCCCAGCGGUUUCCUUCACCUGUCACCUCCUUGCCGAGCUCAAUCCUGCUGCACCUUCUCUAUCGUUUAAACCACAAGCUGCUGGUGCUUCAUUUCUUAGGCCUUAUAUCCUGUUAAGUGGCCAUACUAUCGCAAAGGAGAGUUCAGUAUGCUGACUGUUCUGAGCAGUUCAGUUCAGCUGAACGUGUAUGUGGUUAAACUCUUGGUAGGACAGUCCAGUCCGUUACAGAAGAACACAAACCGAACAUCCACAACGCUUCUACGAAAUAACGGCUGAAUGUCCGCUUGUACACAACACUUCAACAACGUCACGUCCUAUCGAGAGCGCCAGUCGAUGUUUAUAAUCUAACCGAAUGUAAUGUUUUUUACUCUGCUGCAAUUUUCGUGACCACUUUAACAUGGCACCUCUGCUGUUACUUUUGGCAAAAAUGUAAAACACCAAAGACAAGGCAACGAUGACAGGAUCUUGUUUUUUGUGUUUUUGCCUCAGAUUCUGGCGACUGUUCAGACUUGGUUUGUAGCGAAACUUCAAAUUCACAAAUGCCUUGGAAAAAUGUACAUUUUCAACAGUGUGUUCUUGGUAACUGAUUUAAAUUUCCCCUGCAUAGUGGAUUUUAAGGAUUCACUGUGAUCAGUGUGGCUAUGUCUGUGAAUCAGGUUACUGAAAAGGCCAUGAGUUGGUGGUUGCAUUUGGUUUCUAAGGAAUUCUGGGCUCUCGGUGUCUUUUUGGAUAGGAACCGCAAAACUUUCUAUAAGGGUGAAAACAGAUGCAUGCUUAGAUUCUUUAGCUGUAGACAGUUUUCUUGCGUACUGCAUUGACGUAUGAAGUUUGGACGGGUUCUGUAGGAAGAGAAUUUUCUGAAGUGUUUUGGAUUUGCACUGCCAGUGAAGUGACGUUUACCACCAACACCACAGAUCAAACUGAAAGGUUCUACAGUAGGACUUUGCUUCGUCUCACCACGUGCCUGUACCCUUCAGUCCAAACUCAUUGCUGAGACGCAGACUCCAUCAUGUGAAGGCAAGAGGUUAUUUAAGAGCUACUAGGGUUAAGAUCUUCACUGCUUCAUCGGUUUUCUACUUGUAUUUGGCACUAAAGAUCUGUUUUAAGUCUCAACUUUCACUGGCAAUAACUGAUAGAAAGAUGAUCAUGAAGAACAAAAAAAAAUAAAUAAAAAGACUGAAAAUUAA